AUGAAGGUAGAACUAACACUUUCGGAGAUUACAGAGCUGCCGUUGGUGCUCAAGGCAGGUGGACUCUUUGAUACCUCAAAUUUCGGAUGCUACAAACGGGAGCACUUUGAAUGCCACUUUAAAGGCAAAGCAUUGAGCGGGGUCAACGCCGGCUUUCAGGACUCCGAGGCGUUGUUGUCGCGUCACCAGGACCUCACCCAGCCCACUCCAGCCGCGAUGACGUUUGUUGAGGAGAACGAGGGCGAGAACGCCAACAACACCGCCAUGGGCGCAAGUGUGUCCCGACUCUCCUGUCUGGCGAUACCACACCGCGACAGUCCUCCCACAGAAUACCGGGCAACGCCUCAGUGA